AAACUAAAAGAAGAAGUUAUUCGCGAAGUUCAGCGUCUGUGUGCUGCGUUUCAGUCGGGUUUGGAGUUUCGCGUUAGUUUACCCUCAGUGAUGUUGUGUAACCGGUUUAUAUUUCGACCGGUGUGAUCGUUGUCUUCGAGGGGAAGCUCUGAGGAAUGUCUUCGCCUCUCUCAGUCCAUCAGCGCCUGUUCUCCGCCUGGAAGCAGCGGUGGGGAUCCUCAGGGGCGAGCCUCGUCCUUCCUCAGUCCUGGGGGGUCACGGGGUGGCCGUGUGUUUUCGCCGCUGGUAAGAAACACCAAAUCGACCUGCCGGUGGUCCACGAGGAAGACCUCGAUGAGCAGUUUGUCCGUGGAUCCGGUCCCGGAGGACAGGCUACCAACAAAACCAGCAACUGCGUGGUGCUCCGGCAUGUUCCCACGGGCAUCGUGGUCAAGUGUCACCAGACCAGAUCAGUGGAUCUGAACAGGAAACGAACGCGGGAGAUUUUGCGUGAGAAACUGGAAGUUGCAUAUAAGGGUGAGGAAAGUGAACUGAUGAAAAUGAAAAAGGAAUCCAUACAGAGGAAACAGGAAAAACGGAAAAAAGUCAAUGAAAACAUGGAAAAAAAGAGACGAUUCAAGGAGAUGCUGUACUCGGACCAAGAAGGUGACAAAUGCUGAGGCGCACAUGACUUCAUCCUUUUUUUCCCUUUUAGUUUUAAUUAUACGCUGUGGAUAGGAUCACUUUAACAGUGUAUUCUGUAAAUAAACUUAAGUAUGAUUUAGAGAA